AAUGUCUGUUACAACAGUUACAACAACUCAAUCUUCCAAAAAAUUACCUUAUAAAGUUGCGGACAUUUCACUUGCCGAUUUUGGACGUAGAGAAAUAAUUAUUGCUGAAAAUGAAAUGCCUGGACUUAUGGCUAUGAGAGAAAAAUAUGGCACUCAAAAGCCGUUGAAAGGUGCACGUAUUGCUGGAUGUUUACAUAUGACUGUCCAAACUGCUGUUUUAAUUGAAACUUUGUUCAAUGGUCUUCUUGUAAUAUUUUCUCUACUCAAGACCAUGCUGCUGCAGCAAUUGCUGCUAAAGGUAUUCCUGUAUAUGCUUGGAAAGGUGAAACUGAGGAAGAAUAUGAAUGGUACAAUAAUCUUUCCAAAUGGCCAACCAUUAAAUAUGAUUUUGGAUGAUGGUGGAGAUUUAACAAAUUUAGUUCAUAACAAAUACCCAGAAUUAUUAAAUAAAAUAAUUGGAAUAAGCGAGGAAACGACAACUGGAGUACAUAAUUUAGCUAAAAUGUUGGAAAGCGGGGAAUUAAAAGUAGCUGCAAUAAAUGUUAAUGAUUCUGUUACAAAAUCUAAAUUUGACAAUUUAUAUGGAAUACGUGAAUCUUUGCCUGAUGGAAUUAAACGGGCAACUGAUGUAAUGCUUGCUGGGAAAGUAGCCGUUGUUUGUGGUUAUGGAGAUGUUGGGAAAGGUUCGGCUGCUGGUUUACGUAAUUUUGGUGCGAGAGUAAUUAUUACUGAAAUUGAUCCAAUAAAUGCUUUACAAGCAGCAAUGGAAGGUUAUCAAGUAACAACAUUAGAAGAUGUUAUUGAACAAGCACAGAUUAUAGUAACAACAACUGGCUGUAAAGAUAUUGUACGUGGAGAACAUAUUGAAAAAUUACCUGAAGAUGCUAUUAUUUGUAAUGUUGGGCAUUUUGAUUGUGAAAUAAAUGUUCAAUGGUUAGAAAAAAAUGCAGCAAGUAAAGAACAAGUUAAACCACAAGUUGAUCGUUAUACUUUAAAAAAUGGAAAACAUAUAAUUUUAUUGGCAGAAGGGCGAUUAGUUAAUUUGGGAUGUGCUACUGGACAUGCUUCUUUUGUUAUGUCUACUAGUUUUACUAACCAAGUUAUUGCACAAAUUGAAUUAUAUACAAAAGCAAAUACUCCAAAUGCUUACAAAACUGGUUUAUAUGUUUUACCAAAAUUACUUGAUGAGGAAGUAGCUAGACUUCAUUUAGCUAAGCUUGGUGUUAAAUUAACUAAAUUGACUGAUGAACAAGCAAAAUAUUUGGGUAUUCCAAAAGGUGGACCUUUCAAGGCUGAUCAUUAUCGUUAUUGA